AUGGCAGCAGCCAAGGAGGUCGAUGUUCUUGAGAAACAUGUUCAGGAUGCCCAUCAGUCUGACACGGACUCAGAAGUCGACGUCCUGCGGGCAGCCGGCAUAGGCAUCGCUGAGGAUGACCCAACCGAGCCAAUUCUCACUCUACGGAUGUGGGUGCUUGGAAUUGGCUUCUGCAUUGUCGCAAGUGGAUUGAAUACUCUAUAUACCCUUCGAAUACCUUCUCUCACCAUCUCUUCCUCGGUGGUUCUUCUGUUGGCCCACCCGCUAGGGAGGCUUUGGGAGAAGCUUGUGCCCAGCUGGAAUGUUCCGCUAGGAAACUGCUCUUUCAACCUUAACCCCAGCCCCUUUAAUACGAAGGAACACGUUCUCAUCUAUAUCAUGUCAAAUCUCAGCAUCUAUGUUCGCCUAGGGGCCGAUGUCUUGACCGAGCAGCAGAUGUUCUACGGUUACAACGCCGGAUGGGGAUUCCAAGUCUUGAUUACCCUUGCCACGUUCCUGUUUGGUUUCUGUCUCGCGGGCCUAUUUCGUGCUAUUGUGGUAGUUCCCAAAGAGCUCAUCUGGCCCGGUGUCCUUAGCGUCACUGCUCUUACAACUACCCUACACAAUAUCGGCCAGGGUAAAGUUCAAGCGAGCUACAAUACUUGGAAGAUCUCUCGCUACGCAUUCUUCACCAUCACCUGCUGCAUCUCUUUCUGUUGGUACUGGUUUCCAGAUUUCAUCUUUCCAGCUCUCAGCUACUUUAGUUUCCCUUGCUGGAUCAAUCCGACCAGUCCUGUGGUCAAUCAGCUAUUUGGGAUGGAAUCUGGAAUGGGACUAAUCCCGAUCACUUUUGAUUGGAGCCAAAUUUCUUACGUUGGAUCACCGCUAUUGAUUCCGUCAUGGGCAAUUCUUAAUGUAUUCGGGGCUCUGGUCUUCUGGAUUUGGAUCGUGGCUGUCGCUUGUUAUUACACCAACAUGUGGAGCACGGGGUACCUUCCCUUCCAAAGCUCUAAAGUGUACGACAACACUGGAAGUGUAUACAAAGCAUCCAAGAUUGUCAACAAGGCUUCCGGGUAUACAUUGGACGUCCAGAAAUACCUUGCAUAUUCCCCCGUCUACACGCCGAUUACAUAUGCCUUGAAUAUGUUCGGCCUAUCUUUUGCUACUCUGAGUGCCUUGCUGGUUUGGGUUUUUCUGGAACAUCGUCAAUCUAUGGCUGAUGCUGCUAGGAGGGUUCCUAAACUGGUGAUGGAAUCUCUCCCUGGUCGCUCCAGAUCUCAAGCUCAGGACGAGACUGGGGCAUCUGAUGUCCCGGUUUGGUGGUAUCUCGUUGGCUGCGUGCUUGCCUUAUUCAUGGCCAUCUUUGCUGUGGAGUAUUGGGAUGCCGAGCUUCGCUGGUACGGAGUUCUGCUAGCUUGUGCCGUCGCUCUCGUCUUCUACCCUCCAUUGGCAAUUGUAUACGCCACGUCCAAUCUCAAGAUCAACAUUGAUAUUUUCUGCAGAAUUCUUGCAGGAUUUGUCUUUGAGGGUAAAGUCCUGGCCAAUAUCUGGUUCUUUGAUCUUGGAUAUAUUACCACUAUCAAGGGGCUGUACUUUGCUCAGGACAUGAAGCUUGCGUAUUACUGCAAUAUACCGCAACGCAAACUCUUCCUUGUGCAAUGUGUGGGUAUGAUAGUGGGGACUUUGUCCUCUCUUGGCGUUCUCAAUUGGGCUCUCAAUCAUAUCAGUGGGGUCUGUACAAGUGCAGCCGUCAAUGGGUUUAGUUGCCCGUAUUCCAGUACCCACUUCAACACAUCACUCAUCUGGGGCGCGAUCGGUCCACGUCGCUAUUUCUCGAACCAGAUCGGCUACCACUCCCUUCUGUACUUUUUCGUUAUCGGUGCUGUCCUUCCGAUCCCCGUCUACUUCCUGAGUCGCCGGUAUCCCAACUCGCUUUGGAAGCGAGUCCAUAUACCGUUGUUCCUUGGUGGCUUGAACUACCUACCACCUGCGACCGGAAUGAACUACGGCAGUUGGGCCAUUGUGGGUCUGACCUUUGGUUGGCUUAUUCGAAAGCGGGUUCAUGGCUGGUGGAGCAAAUACAACUUUGUGCUCAGCUCUGCCUUGGACUCCUCCGUAGGAAUCGCUGGCGUCGUCAUUUUCUUGGCCAUCUAUUUCACUGGCGCGAGCCACCAUUUCAGCUGGUGGGGGACAGAGGUUCACAAGAACACCUGUGAUUGGAAGGGAUGUCCGUAUCUCUCAGUGCCGAAGGGAGGGAAGUUUGGUGUGUAG